CCACCUUAAGAAAGACGACCCUGACUCUCACAGGGUGUGACCGACUGAUACUGAGUCUGAGUGAGUGUGUGUGAGCUACCAACACCAACCUCAUGGCUGCCUCCACUGCUCUCAUCUCCUCCACCCCUAGGGCUUUCUCCAAAUCCACCUCCCUCGCUGCUUCUUCCUUCUCCAAGCCCCAAUCCCAAACCCUAACUUUCCCCAAAUCCUUCACCGGCCUCCGCCUCCCCUGCGCCUCCCGCUCCCUCUCCCGCGGCUCACAUUCCGCCAAGAGCUUCGCCGUCAAAGCUUCUGCGGAGCUUCCGUUGGUCGGAAACGUCGCGCCGGAUUUCGAGGCCGAGGCUGUUUUUGACCAGGAAUUCAUCAACGUCAAGCUGUCCGACUACAUUGGGAAGAAAUAUGUGAUUCUGUUUUUCUAUCCAUUGGAUUUCACAUUUGUUUGCCCCACAGAGAUUACUGCUUUCAGCGAUCGUCAUGGUGAGUUUGAGGCACUCAACACAGAAGUAUUGGGUGUUUCAGUCGACAGUGUGUUUUCACAUCUUGCAUGGGUCCAAACAGAUAGGAAAUCAGGCGGUCUUGGUGACUUGAAGUAUCCAUUGGUCUCUGAUGUCACCAAAUCAAUUUCAAAAUCUUAUGGUGUUCUGAUCCCAGACCAGGGAAUUGCAUUGAGAGGACUCUUCAUUAUUGACAAGGAAGGUGUUAUCCAACACUCCACCAUUAACAAUCUUGCCAUCGGACGAAGUGUGGAUGAGACCAAGAGAACGCUGCAGGCCUUGCAGUUUGUGCAGGACAACCCUGAUGAGGUUUGCCCUGCUGGGUGGAAGCCUGGGGAGAAGUCAAUGAAGCCAGACCCCAAGCUCAGCAAAGAGUACUUCUCUGCAAUAUAGUGGGAACACACUGCAUAUCUAUGUGAGAUAGGAAGGUGUAAACGAGUUUUGUAUUCGUGUAAUGUCCAUUUCUAGAGUUCUUGGUGAAAUUUGAGCAGCGAAUGUG